CAAAAAAACAGCCGAUAAAGAUCUGAACGGUCAUUUCUCGGAAAUCAGGGGGCUUAACAGAAUCACACAAAAGAAAAAAAGUGAAAUGAAAGUAAGAAACCCUAUCCUAUAAAAAGCCGGACAAGCCUGCACAUUUGCAGAGUCACUCCAGAACAUCCAGAGCAUCACAAGAAAAGAUAUGGGAGGAAAAGAAUCCAAACCACCCACACCUCCACCUUCUCCUUGUUUAAGACAGCCAUGGAGGCCUCUGCUGACGAGCACUGAGGACAAUCUCAACUUCAUGAAAUCUUACCAACCUCGAAACAAAGGAAUCAAACAUCUCAGGAUUCUGCUUCAUGGACCGGUCGGUGCCGGCAAGUCCAGUUUCAUAAACUCUGUUGAAAGUGCUUUGAGAGGCGUUGUCACAGAUCAAGCUGAGACGGAUGCGACCUCUGGGAGCAGCUUCACCCUAAAGUACAAAACAUACAACUUCCAGAAAGAUGAUCAGAGCUUCUAUUCUAUUGUUUUCAACGAGAUCAUGGGCGUUGAGAAAGACGACAACAAUGGAGUCCAGGUGGAAGAUAUCAAACUGGCCCUGCGGGGACGUGUGGAAGAUGGUUACAAGUUUCGUACUAAUGGCCCACUGACAGAGAAUGAUCCGGGCUACAACUCCAAACCCUCUCUGGAUGACAAAGUCCACGUGCUGGUCUGUGUGGUUCCUGUCAGCACAGUCUCUCUGUUAGAUGACAAAGUUGUGCAGAAGUUAAGAGAAGUCAGACUAGCUGCCAGUGAUCUGGGAAUUCCCCAACUGGCCAUCCUCACCAAAGUUGAUCAAGCCUGUCCUGAGGUCAAAUCAAAUAUUCAGAACAUGUACAAGAGCAAGUACCUGAAGGAAAAGGUGGAACAAUUCAACGCGAGGCUGGGAAUUCCCAUCAAGUCCAUCUUUCUGGUGAAGAACUACGAGUCAGAAACCGACACAAGUGACGGCAUCAGUGGGCCGAUACUGACCGCACUGAGACAGAUGGUAACCCAAGGAGACAACUUCAUCCCAACCCAGUCGCCAGAGGAAAAUGUUGUCAUUUCAUGUUUCAGCUCAAUUUUACAUUACUUACCACAGCUUAUGCAUUAUUGUACAUUAACACCACAUGUAAAUGUAUCCUGCUGUGCUAAUGAAAACAAUGAAGGAAUAUAAACAUGGUAACACUUUACAAUAAGGGUACAUUAAUUCACAUUAGUUAAGGCAUUAUUAAGCCUGGUUACUAACAGUUAACUAAUGUGUCUCGUAAUCAUUUAUUAACGGUGUUCAUGUCAACUAUGGUAUUAAUUAAUACAUUAUUUAAGGAUGCUAUUAACAUUAGUUAAUGCAGUGAUACGCCUUAAUUAACAGAAAAUUCGUACAAAAAUGAACAUUAAGAAACCCUUAACAGAUGUCUCUUGUUAACAUUAAUUAAGGGUUUACAUGUUAAUUAAGCCUAUUAACUAAUAUUACUAAGUAUAUACUAAAUAUUACUGUUUGUUAAAGAUGUUCAUUUAGAUGCAUGUCUUGAGGUUCAUAGCUGAGUCAUGUCAUUAAGACAAAAGUGUUUGUUUUUAUUCAUAUUUAUUUAAGGUUAAUGACUGUUCACUUGUCCAUCCUCCAACUGGUGACUUAUUUUUGGUAAAGAUUGAGAUCAGUGUACCACACCAUGGUCUUCAAGUAGACGUUAGAUUGUUCCUUUAUCUUCAUGUAGACGUUCUUAACUUACAGCCUAACCUAUCAUUAUUGUUGAUGUUAUAUAAGCAUUACUUAACCAUGAUUAACCAUUCAUUAAUGCUCUGAAUAAGCCUUACUUAACCAUAAUAGACCAUUUAUUAAUGCUCUGAAUAAGCAUUACUGUUAGUACGUAUUUUCAUGGAUUCAUUCAUCUUGCUAAUUUUGUGGUGUUGAAAGAUCAGAAAGAGUUAUGCAAUUGUUGAAUUUGUUUUAACCAUACAUGUUCUUUUCCUUUAAUUAUCAUUUAAUCCAUUUAUCAUUUACUUCAUAUAUUUUAUUUUUCUUUUAUUAUUAUUUAAUCUUUUUAUCAUUUCAUUCAUAUGUCAUAUAGUCAAUACGACUUUUGUUUUCUUGGCUUUUACAUUUCCUGUCAAUCCUACACAUACCUGCGGUGCCUAUGCACCUGUGAGGUCAGGAUAAGUGUGCCAUACUUUGAGCAAAACCACAUACGAGUUCGUAGGUGUAUAGCGUUUUCUGCAAAUCUGUCUGGUUCACGGUCUUCAAGCUAAAACCACAUUUGAACUUAGUAUCAAGGAUAUAUCACGUUUCUACGAAUCUGCAUUGCUGAGGUUUUACAGAAUCUUGGAAAAAAGAGACCGUCUGGCUAUAAAAACGCUGUGGAAAAGCUGAUCGGGGUUCUUUUUUACUUUUCUAAAGGACUCCACGUUACUCUGACUUUUGAAUCCCCAUUUUGGGAUUUAGUCUCUGAGACCAAGAUCUUUUAAACCCUCAAGUGUCUACACUCUUGGGUUAAGACUUUUGUCUUUGUAUUUUGCUUUUUACAUUUUUAUAUUUUUACUUUUACUGUUUUGUAUUUGCAUUUGGAAUAUCAUUUGAAGUUUUUUAAUAAAUUUUCGGAACUUUUU